AUGCAGCUUUGGGAUAUCUUUGUCGGCAUAGACCACAACUUGGCCGGGUCUCUCAUGGUCAAGCUGGAGACAGCAGAUGACCUUUGCGACGCGCUCGCGGCCAUCUCCUCCAGAAACCAUGCAGAGGCUUGCGUCAAGGCGCUGGCUGAGCGAGUGGAUGACAGUGGCGAGUGUGAUUUCGCUGACCUGCUUGAUGUCUGGGAAUCUGAGAAGCAACCAGACCAGCUGUGGCAGUUCCGCAGCAGUCUGCGGCAUGGCCUGUCAAAUCUUCUAGCAGGUGCAGGCAUCACAGAAGCAGCGUCAUCUCGAGUUCCAGAAAUGCGGGCGCGUUGUGCUCGACUGUCUGACUCUGCCCUUGCAGCGUCAGCUGCGGCAUACCAACGCACGUUAGUGCUCACCUGCAGCUGGCACUGUGAGCAAAGACUCCAAGCAUUCCUACUUACCAAGGGCAGUCCCUCUGACCGGAGCCGCUCGGAAGUGAAGUCCUUGCUGGCGGUUCUUCGUGGCAUUCACAGCGAGCUUGUCCCCACUGAGCGUGUGCUGUGGGAGCUCAUGGGCCAGCAGCAACAACUCUUUGAUGGUACGGUCGGGAAGGAAGAGGUGCUUUCAGCUCUGGAGGAGCUUUUGGGCUUUCACGAAGAAGACUCCCGAGCUUCACCUGGAGAGCUUGAGGAGUUGGGCAGACUCCGGCGGCAGUGCCAGCGGAGAUCUGUGGAUAAUUUGUUUGACGACCGUAGACGGACGGUUGUUGCCUUCGCUGACGUGCUGCGCUGGUGGUGGGACAUGCCAGAGGAGUACCGAGAGGCUGCUGGUUUGGCAGUCCCAGCUUCUGUGUUGCGACAAAGCCUGCGACGGCAGCCGGAAGAGAUGUUUCGUGGUCCCUUGCGCCGAGUUGCAGCUGAGCCAAGUUUUGCUCGGCAGGCACUUCGCGGCCACGUGCGGGCUUUUGCUGAGCUGAGGGCAUUGGCUGUGAGGCGGAACAUUGAGAGUUUCUCUAUUCGCUCAACUGCAGAGUCCCGAACCACGACAAGUGAUGCAGGAGACAUUAGCUUGGCCACAUCAGCCGACAUGGACCAAGUGGAAGUGGCAGAGGACAGGUUGCCUGCGACUGAUGCGCCUGCCGCAAAUCCAGGUCAGCCACAGUCAGAUUGA